UGAGGACCUGAGGCCCCACAGCGCAGUGUAUGGGCCUAUGGCAGAGCGACGCCUAUAGGCUGUGGCUCUCUUUAGGCCGCCAUUGUCGUGCCUGCCAAGCUUCACUACGUGACUCGUCUGCUUCACCUCGCCGGCAGAGCGAGACCACUGGGAAACUCCCUGAUCCGAUCUGCGUCUCCCUACAUCCAGGCAACGUCCUUGGUCCGCCUGGUCUCUGCCACCAGCCUGGAGAGGACCGACCAGAGCGCCGGGCCUAGCACGGGAGGGACCCAGGUCCGGGAGAACAACUGCUACUUUCCAGUCCUGGAUAUUUCUGUUAGCCAGACUGUGAGCCGCCACGGGUUCCCAAGGCCCUGCUGGCCAUGCAUUGCGUCUCCCAGCGCUCAUGAGGAACUGAGCCUGGUCUGGUGUCUGGAGGAACAAGUUGCAGCACCGAUCGCGCCCAGCAUAGACUUGCCCCUGCCCCACCACCCAAACCUACUCUCUUGCUUCAUUCCUCCCAGAGCCCACGGUCCCCAAACAGUGCACCUGCCGGAGGUCCCAACCCAGCGGGAGAAGUGGACAUGAGGUUGGCAGGCCCCCUGCGAAUCGUGGCCCUAAUCAUCACUAUGGGUCUCACCUGGAUCCUAGUCACCAUCCUCCUGGGUGGUCCUGGUGGUAGCCUUCCUCGAAUUCAGCAAUUCUUCACCAGCCCAGAGAACUCAGUGACUGCAGAACCAAGGGCCAGGAAGUACAAGUGCGGCCUGCCCCAGCCAUGUCCUGAGGAGCACCUGGCUUUUCGCAUAGUCAGCGGGGCUGCCAAUGUCAUCGGGCCCAAGAUCUGCCUCGAGGACAAGAUGCUCAUGAGCAGCGUCAAGGACAAUGUGGGCCGUGGGCUGAACAUCGCCCUGGUGAAUGGGGUUAGUGGUGAGCUCCUGGAAGCUAGAGCCUUUGACAUGUGGGCUGGAGAAUAUUGUUUGGUGGGGAAGGGCUGCUCAGUGGGACCUGAAGCUCCAUGUUCUGUGGGCUCAUCUCCACCAGAUGUCAAUGAUCUCUUGAAGUUCAUCCGACCACUGCAUGAAGGUACCCUAGUGUUUGUGGCAUCCUAUGAUGAUCCAGCUACCAAGAUGAAUGAAGAGACCAGGAAGCUUUUUUCUGAACUGGGCAGCAGGAACGCCAAGGAGCUAGCCUUCCGUGACAGCUGGGUGUUUGUGGGAGCCAAGGGUGUGCAAAACAAGAGCCCCUUUGAGCAGCUGACCCAUCUCUCCCUGUGGCCAGUUUACCUCACCUUCAGAAAGACACUGCCCCUUUUCAAACUGGAUCUUCAGCUCAAGCAUGUGACAAACAGCCCUCUCACAUGUCCUGACUCUUAAGUACUGACUUCUAGCAGUACCUCUCAAACCAAUUUGAGACAGACAGUACCACCAUUCUGAGAUACCAAGUAUACACACAAUGAUGUGAUUACUGAUCAUCUGAUAAACAACAGCCUAGCAUUAGGGCUUCAAAAUGUUUUUUAUUUUUGGGGUGUGUGUGUGUGUGUGUACGUGAUGAAUGAAAAAAGAAAAAAGAAAACAUGACUGCUCUUAAGUAGAGGAGAAAAUUUAUUGUAGAUAUAUGAGAGAUGGGAUAGCAGAGGUAGAAGCAGGGACAGGGACAUCUGGGAGAGUCUAGAUGUCCAGGCUGAGCUAUGCCAUGUAGGGAGAGGAGGAGGGGAAGAGAGGAUGGAGAAAAAGGAAGUAACCAGGUACAGCAGCUAGGAGGCCCAAAUGUACAAUGAGAACUGGCAACCAAAAUGGUUGGAUUAUAUAGUGAAGAGCAGCCCAGCCCUCUGAGCUUGAGAAGUUCAGGGUAGGAGUUGGGGUAUGCCAGCCAGGGGGCCCCUACAAGGGGUAGGGACUGAGGGAUGCAGGGAGAACCUGGAGGCCAGGUCUGCUUUGUUGUGUUAAAUUGGCACCUCAGCCAUUUGUCUCAGCUUGAAACUUAAUGUGUGUCUGUCUGUGUCUGUGUUACAUGCCUAUGUGUGCAUAUGUUAAGGCCAGAAAGGUAUGAGGAACAUGAGGUCUCUUCCUCUAUUAUUCUCUGCAUUAUUCCUUUAAGACAUUUUCAUUUUCAGAAUCAGGUCUCUCACUGAAUCUGGGUUAGUGUUUUGGUUAGGCUAGCUGGCCAGCAGACUCCUGGAAUCCUUCUCCACCCACAGCAACACUGGGGUUUACAAGCACUUGCAGCAAUCUGUGGAUUUUUACAAGAGUACUGGGGAUUGAGAUUUAUGCCCACAUGACUAUAUAGAAAAUGCUCUUUCCCACUGAACUAUCUCCCUAGCCUCUAGUUUUUGUUUUGAGACGAGGUCUCACUCUACAACCAUGCAGCCUUAUUCACUAUUUUUGAAGCUGAGCUCAAAUUGAUCCUCCUUGCUUCAGCUCCUCCCUCCAUGCUAGAAUUACAAGUGUGAGCUCCCAUUUCCAGCUGCAAGUGUUUGUGAUCAUUCACAAAUUAAACCCCUUGGAGCAGUGGUUCUCAGCCUUCCUAAUGCAGUGAUCUCUC